AUGUUGUGCGCCCAUUUCUCAGACCAAGGCCCGGCCCAUCUUACAACCUCCAAGAGUGCUUUUCUCUCUAAUAAGACCAGGCAUGAUGGCUCAGCCGGUAAUCCCAGAACUUUAGGAGGCCAAGGCAGGCAGAUCCCUUGA